AUGUUUCUAACAUUCUCUAUACUCACCCUCCUCACAAGCCUCGUCUCACACGUCAUCGCCCAUGGGUACGUCAGCAAUGUCACCGUCGACGGGACGACCUACCCCGGCAACGCCCCAGGGCACUACACAGCCGCCAGUCCGAUCCGCAUGGUGUCGUCCGACAGCCCCGUGACGAACGUCUCCGACCCGGACCUUGCCUGCGGGCUCGGCGCGACCGACGCCGCACUCGACGCCCCCGUCUUCCCGGGUAGCUCAAUCAAUCUUACGUGGGUCUCCGGAGGUGGAGGGAACUGGCCUCACGAAGUCGGGCCGGUCCUGACGUACAUGGCAUCCUGCGGCACGAACGCGAGCACCUGCGCGGGGUUCAACGCGUCCGUGGCUGAGUGGUUCAAGAUCGCCGAGGACGCUCGGCAGCGCUCGCCGGAGAACGCGUCUUGGGUCCAGGAGCUCAUCAUGGAAGGCGACGCCUAUAAUGUGACGAUACCCGCGGGGCUCAAGCCGGGGGCGUACCUGAUCCGGAAUGAGCUCAUAGGCUUGCAGAACGCGAUGGCCCCCGGUGGCGCCGAGUUCUUCCCGUCAUGCACGCAGCUCCGCAUCCUUGGGAACGGAACAGAAGUGCCCGCGCCGAACAACACUGUGCGGUUGCCGGGGGCGUACAACGCGAGCGACCCAGGGAUAUUAUUCGACGCGUAUACGGACCCGGACAAGCCAUACGUGAUUCCCGGACCUCGGAUCGCGACGUUCGUCAACGUGACGAGUCCGGAUGAAGCGAACGGAACCUCCAUUUCCAGCUCUGUCUCAGGCUCACCUCCACCGCCGGCUUCACCCUCAGACAAAGCGGACGACGCACUCCCAGCACCCGUGCCUCCUAGCCCGUCUUUGAACUACCCCCCACCAUCCUCGGCCCCCACCUCCCUACACACGCCCUCGCAAGACCCAGCCUCCACCACCCCAACAGUAUCUAGCACCAUUCUCACCUCAGAAUCUGCGCCGACGCCCACAGGAGAGGCACCGUUAGUCCCAUUGCCCGGACCUGCUCAGGUAACUGCGAACAACCAGGCACAGCUGUGGAUCCCCAUGGUCGACGCUACGCCCCCACAACCCAAACGGCGCGCGUGGCGGUCCAGGGACCAUAGUCGGGUCAUGGGCAGGGUCGCGCACUAA